AGCUAGCUAGCUGUACGCGUGCACUGUACGUGCCCCUCCUACUAGCUACAGAUCAAGGCUCUCCGACCGAUGCAGUGAAGCUUCUUACUGUGUGCUGUGAGUUCAGGACGUAGUUGGGUUCGAAAAGGACAAGAAAACUUGUCCUCUUUUGCUUCAACUUACCACACCAGGCACGUCUUUAGAAGCUCGCCAGAAUGAACUUGGUGACUGUUCUCCGUGCUUCAUUUAUUUUGUCAGGUUUUGUUGUAGCACAGGCACAAGUGCAGGUAGUACCUAAAGGAAUAGAGUCAGUCAAUGGAUCUAGUGUGACAAUGGGAUGUACUAGUCCACUAGUAGACAGUGGUGGUGUGAUGGUGUGUGAGUCACAAAGCUAUCUGGUUGAUGGUUGCUCUCCUGGUAUUGACACAAGUACCUCUGACUGGGCAUCUCAGCUAGUGACAGUGAGGAGGAAUGGGGGAACUGCUGCUAUCCCUUUCCCUCAUGUUCUGCUGGCAUUUGGCUUUGACACACCUGUGCCUCUGACUGGAAUUGAGAUGGACUUCUUCAACUGUACUGACUGGAACAUUGGUAUUCCAUCUAUCACAGUGUAUCUCAAUCCAGAUUACAACUUAGCAGCUACCACCAACAUAUUAUUUAGCCUUUCAUUUGCUGGUGACAACUCCCUCCAGUCAUCUUGUGACUCUCUUUCAAAUGUUACCAUUUCUGGAGGUGCAUUCACAAGUGGAUCUUAUCGCACAGUCUAUAUUCUAGUGGACCUAUCACACACCUCAUCCAUACAGUGGGUUCAUGUGGGAGAGGUCAGGUUCAUUGGUGAAGACAGUCCAACUUGUCAACCAACUUUGCCAAUAUCAACUUCUUCAUAUUCGCCAUUGAUGACCACCACUCUGAAACCUACUGCUUCAUUAUAUGCAACUCGUUCAUCUGCUAAGCUCACUCCUACCACGUCCUCACAUCAAACUUAUUCACAAUCCUUUCCACCGCAAUCUUCCCCUGAUCUGUCUCGGUAUACCUCAACCUCACUCCCUCUAUCAGGAACCACCAGGCUAGAUCAAGAACCCUUGACAACACAAGAUAGUACAACAACACUGGGUGGUACUAAAACAACAACGACUCCAAGUCAACCACCAGGUGGUACUAAAACAACAGCUACUCCAAGUCCUGGCAACCAGCCACUAUUAGACAAGCCCACCAUUAUACUCGUUGCUGCAAUUGGCGCAGGAUUGCUUCUGCUUUUGCUUUUGGUAACUUUUUUCGUGAUAUACUGCUGGAGGUCUAGAGGACAGCCAAAAACGAAGGAAAAUGAAAAUCUCCAAACAAGUAUUAGAAUCAAAGCCAGCAGCCUGGAAGUUAAUGGCUCCAUCAUAGCAGUUACCAAUCCUAGACAGUUUGGCCUCCCUCCCCCAGUCCAUGAGCAGUACAGUGCCACGGCAAUGACAGUCAGUGACACACAGUACGAGGGAGUCAUCUCGAGGCGUAGACAAAACACACGCGAAGAUUUAGAGUAUAGUUAUGCCUAUGUCAGUCUGUCCGAGGCCAAGACAAAGGUACGUUACUCCUUCAAAUACGAUUACGUUCAAAGAGACAACCCAUCUUGGUCUCUGAGGCAACCACAAAACCAGGAAAAGCUUGAGCCCAAGAAAGUCGAGAUCCCUACUGUACCAGUGGUCAUCUAUAGCAACAUCCCUAACGCUGCAUCUCCCUCAUUUGUGCCGAAGCUGGAAAUUUCCGACAGCGAAAACCUGCCUCCUUCCCCUGACGAAGUUGUGAUUUCUGAGCGCAUCGACCCGUCAGAUUUUACGAGCCUUGAUAAGCCAUCGCCAGGCCAAGAUACCCCCCAAGUAUACGGUCCAGUGUAUCCCAGUCUUGAUCCCCUACCUGGUAGGUUGCCUCCACUCAGAAUCAGUCGCGACAAUGUUGUGGAGAUCAACGAAGGUACUGGGGAGUAUGGGUGUGCUGUUCUUGCAGUCACAAAGAACUUGAGCCUGAAAGACAUGAGGCUGUCGAAGGACAACACCGAUCGCAACCUUUCCAUCCUGCUAGCCUUGAAGAAACUGCACCCCAAACCGUCCCCGUGUGAACAGGAGGCCUUUGAUAGGGAGGUGGAGUUUAUGUACCAGCUGAAACACCCCAAUGUCGUCCAAUUCAUUGGAGUUUGCUACGAAACCCCUGUCUUUCUGGUCACGGAGUACAUGGAGGAAGGGGACCUCAACCAAUUCCUUCACAGGUAUUCUGAAAUUAUCCCCACGACUCCUUCCAACAAAGACCAAAUUGCCACGUCGACACUGAUCUUCAUGGCAGCCCAGAUUGCCAGCGGAAUGAAACAUCUCGCAAGCCUCAAAUUCAUCCAUCGCGACCUUGCCACGAGGAAGUGUUUCGUGGGAAGUGACUUUACCGUCAAGCUCGCCGAUUUCGGGACCAACACUCGCUACCUGUCUCACUACUACCAAAUCCGCAGUAACAUUCUCAUGCCCAUUCGCUGGAUGGCGACCGAGUGCUUCUAUGGCAAGUUUUCAGAGAAAACGGAUGUGUGGGCAUUUGGGGUCACUAUGUGGGAGCUUUUUACUCUGGCCAAGGAGGUUCCGUACCCUCAGCUCUCAGACAAGGAAGUGAUCCAGAAUUCGUUGAAGAGGGAGUAUCGCAAGUUUCCCCCCAGGCCCACUGGAUGCCCCAAGCCCGUGUUCGAGAUGAUGGAAAGAUGCUGGUGUCUGGAGGUGAAACAGCGAGCCACAUUCACAGAGCUUGAUCAGACACUGCAAGAUAUUUUAAAGUAGAACUCC